AGUUCAGUCGAUCUUAAUUUUAGGGUUUUGAUCUGAUACAUAUGCUCAUGCUUGGUGAUCCAUUUUUUGCCACUGUUUGUUCUUUGCAUUAGUAUUUUUCCUUGUGAUAUUUGAUUCACCGAUCUCGUUUCAUUGAUAUGUACUUCCGCCUCCUGUCGUGCGCUGAUAUGGAUGAUGAUGAUGACUAUACUAGUAGUUGUAAAUGGCUGAAGCAAAAUCAACUAUGAGGAAACCAGUGUUCACUAAGGUUGAUCAGCUACGUCCUGGAACCAGCGGACACAAUCUCACUGUCAAGGUUGUUAGUUCAAAGAUGGUAUUACAGAAGGGCCGCCCAGAUGGACCCCAACUACGCCAAAUGAAGAUUGCUGAGUGCCUGGUUGGAGAUGAAACUGGGACCAUUGUCUUUACUGCAAGGAAUGAGCAAGUGGACAUGAUGAAACCUGAAGUUACCAUAAUUUUACGCAAUGCAAAGAUCGAUAUGUUUAAAGGGUCGAUGAGGCUGGCCGUGGACAAAUGGGGGCGUGUAGAGGUGACCGAGCCAGCUGGUUUCGCCGUUAAAGAGGACAACAACCUAUCACUGGUUGAAUAUGAACUGGUCAAUGUGGUGGAAGACUGAUUCUGGGAAUGUGGUCACUCCUACUACUAUGGGGCCAAAACAACUGAAUCGGGCAAGAUAUGGAUUUUUGUGGUUGGCGAGAUUGGCAAAGUGAUGUUUAAGUUCUUUUUCAGAUCCUCCUAUAGUUGCUUGAUGAUGCCCGGGAAGUUUCUUGUUUAACAGGAAUAUCUUUGGGAUUAUAUGUCUACAAGAAAGUAUUGACUGUCUGCUUGGUAUGGUGGGCAUCGAGUGAGUCUGCUCUGGUGGAAUAAAUUGGGAUUCUAUAACCGCCCCUGCUACAGUCAGCUUGCUUAGUUAAAGGAACUUGCUUUGUGUUUUAUUUAUUUUUUUCUCUUUUUGGGUUAAGGCUAAGAUGUGGACUUUAAGGCUAAGAUGUGGACUUGUCUUAUUUGGGAUCUUUAUAUAUACAUGACAAUGCUGUGCAAAUACAGUUCUAAAGUGUUGUGGGCUUUGCUGAAAUAAUAUACCUCAAUGUUGAAAAUCC